UUGAUAUAUACUGUUAUGAAACAGUUUAGUGCCAGAUAAUGUGUGGCCCCAACGUUGUCAUGCCAUGGAGCAUAAAAUAUUUUGCAACAGUGCCAACUACAUAUUUGGGACCAUGGGUAAAUCAUUUGAUUCCAUGGAGACGGUCAGGUUUGACCGGGGUGGUGAACAUUUCCCUCCAAAUACACCAGCUAUGCAGUCCAAACUUUAUUUGACAGAGUGAUGCUGUCAGUGGAUAUAAAUGAAACUAAUUCAGCUAGAAACAAAAGUCAAUCACUACAGCCUUCCAAGAAGAUGGACUGCCCUGCAAUCAUGUCCUUAAGGGCUGUUGUGAAAUAUCCAGAGUUUAAGAUUCAAGAAACUGACUCUCUCUGGAAAAGAAAAACGGUAUCAAAGCUCCUCCGUGAGAAGUUGGCCAAGAGAGGUGAAAUCAUCCAGAAGAAAGUGGAAAUUCAUGUGUUGUUGCCUGAUCCAGCAGAUCACCGAAAUCAUCUAUUAGGGGAGUUUUCAGGAUUAAGUCAGCCUGUAGACGAGACUGUUAUUUUCAAAAUACAUUUACUAGUACAUGAGGGUGUACGAAGCGUCGAUGAAAUAAAAAGACAUUUACGUUUCUUUGUUAAAGAAAGUAUUUCAUCAGGAAACACCAUUUCAGAAUUCAACAGACGCUUCUACCCCACCAACAAGGACAUAAGGAACCACAUUUACAGGGCAUUGAGAUUUUGCCAGUUUUCCUCUGAAGAUCAAGAAAAUGUGGUGCAAAUGGUGAAAGAGUGGGAGGCAUCAAAACCCUCUGAUCAUUUUCAUUAUAGACCAAAUUUUUCAGAGGAGGGAUCAGAAUCUUCAACCACUGGGUCUAUGUUAUUUGUACACCAGACAAAGUGGCAACAAGAUCUUCUUGCGAAGUAUGGCAAUGAAAUCUGUUUGCUGGAUGCAACAUAUAAUACAUCCAAAUAUGACAUUCCCCUCUUUUUUCUCUGUGUGAGCACCAACAUUGGAUACUCAAUUGUUGCCUCAUUUGUGGUUGCCAAUGAAAACAGAGAAAACAUCCAAGAAGGUUUACAAAAGGUGAAGGAAUGGAAUCCAAACUGGCGGCCCAAAUAUUUCAUGACUGAUUUCGAUGAACGGGAAAUUUGGGCAAUUGAGAACACUUUUGAUGAAUGUGAGACUUUGCUAUGUGACUUCCACAGGGAACAAGCAUGGACCAGGUGGAUGAAAAACCAGAAACAUGGUCUAAGUACCAUCCAAAAAGAAGUACUUGAAUUGCUUAGGAAAAUUGCCCAUUCAGCUACAGAGAACGAGUAUAAAAUGAAUGUUGAUAAUUUGAAGAAAUCUGCUCACUGGAAAAACAGCACAUUUUUACAGAAAUGGUUUGAAGGGAAAUGGCUAAGCAAUGCAAAGAGAUGGGUGCGCUGUUUUCGCAAUUCACUGCUGAAUAUCAGAGUCUCCACCACAAAUGGUUUAGAGCGACAGCAUCAUGAGUUCAAAAAGAAAUACCUUGCAAAUUACACAGAUGGAUCUCUUUCCUCUAUGUUGUCCAUAUUGAUUUCCAACUUUUUGCCAGAAUCGUACAAAAGAUACAUUCAGUACAAUGUUGAAAGUAUGGAGGAAUACAAGAAAUACUCAUCACAGAUUCCGGAAUACUUGCACAACAAACCAAAAAUCUUUUUGGAACAUUGCAUGAAGAGAAUUCCACCAAAGUGUCCAUAUUUGCCUUCUUCUGCCAUAACAUCUUUACCAAAUGGAGAAUUUCAGGUUCCUAGCACAGAUGGGGAGAACUAUUACAAUUUGAAUCUAGACAGUAUGUUGCCAAGCUGUUCUUGCUUAGAUUGGAAUAGAUACCACCUACCGUGUAAGCACAUGCUGAGUAUUUUUUUCCAUUACCCUGGUUAUAGUUGGGAGUUUUUACAUCCAGAGUACACCGAGUGCCCUCACUUUAAUAUAGAUAGAGAUAUUCUUCAUAGAGCUCAGUUGUCAAAUGAAUCUGCACGAAGCACCCACACAGAGCCAAGAACAGUUAGAAAUACAAGUGUUGCUGUAGAAGAUGUGGAAGAAUCAAGGAUAAAGAGACCAAGAAGUACUCAGUGUCAUAUGAGACUUCACUGCUUUCAGUUACUGAAAAACAUUUUAUCAUCUCUUUAUCUUGUACCUGAGCAGGAUCAAUUGAAACCUGUACAUGACAAUUUACAAGAAAGUUGGUCCUUGAUGAAGGAAUUAAUUCCGAAGGACAAAGGUCUUCCAGUGAGGACAACUGCUUUGAGUGUAAAGAGAUUGCAUGCACCAAAGUACAGAUCUCUUCCAUCAAGAAGGAAGAGAAGGAAACAAAGUAGACAACAAGGGGCAAAGAGUGGAAGUGAAGUGCGUGGAAGAGGACAGAAGAAGCCCAACAAGACAAAAGUGAGAAGGGUUGAGGUGGGGUGUACUGAAAAAUCUGAAGAAACAAACUCGAAAUUACCUACAGAGAAUUUAGAACCCGGUGAUAGACUUUGUGGUGAAUCUUCUCCUUCGUAUGAAGCAGUACAAGAGGAAAUUCUUUAUGAAAGAGAAGGAAUAGAAAUAUCUGAACAGAGUGCAAGUGGUAGAAGAGUGGAAAAACCACAUUGCAGUUCCAAAGAUUCUGUUGAAGACAAUGUUGAUUCUAGCUUAGUUGACAAUAUUUGGGGACAAAAACCAGUGGGCCAUUUGUGCAGUAAAAUAGGACCCUACAAACUGAGUAAUAGACCCUUCUACUGUUUAAGAACAAUGCUUCCAGAUGAAAUCAUUGAUGCAUAUACAUAUCUGCUCUCAUCAUCACAAGCGAACAAGAUGGUUUAUCAUGUCAACUGCAGUAUAAUGACUGCAAUAUUCAAUGGGAAUGCUGUAUUACACAAUUACCUUGCAGAGGUGCCCAGGUUGGAUGAUUUUGAUGUGAUAUGUGGUGCAUUGAAUGAAGGCUCUUGUCAUUGGUGCUUGGUUUAUAUCAUGCCAAAGGAUGAAAUCGUAUUCUACAUAAAUCCACUAGGAGAGUCAUUCAGCCGAUUGCGACAUAUUGAGGAAAAAUGGAAAGAGCUGUUAUUUGGGAGAGAAAAUCUUGGUAUUGUGGAAAAUACAACUGAGUGGUUUGUGCAUACCAAAGAACAUCCCCGUCAAAGAGAUUCCACAUCAUGUGGUGUCCUGGUCUUGAAGUUCCUUGAACGGAUGCUUACUGGUGAUAAUUUACAGAUUGAUAUUUCUGUGCAUGGAAUUACUGAAUCAAGAAAGUCUGUAGGACAAAUUCUUCUGAAGAAUAGUGAUGACUUAGAAUACUACUGUAGGCACUGUUACACACAGGAAUCCCAAGAAAGAGGAGCUCUGGUUCAAUGCACGCAAUGCACAGAAGCUAAAUAUUUUCAUGCAAUGUGUGGGUGUUCUCUGCAUCCUGCUGUGAAAGGAAGGAACGACCAAUCAGAAAACCAAAAUAAUGAUCUUUUGGAAUACAACCUAAGGAAAGACCCGCCAAAGAAAAGAAAGAGAAGUUCAUAUAUAUAUUCUGAUUUAAGAGGAAGGUAUAUAAAUUUAAGUUCAAAACAAACUGAAAAUUGUAUGUCUACAAAGUUUGACAAAUCUCCAGAACAGCUUUUAAACGACAGUCUGUCCUGGCUGUAUGAGAGUGUGGAAGCUUGUAAUGAACAGUGUAAAAAGCUAGUUAAGGCAUUAUGCCAGUUAUGCCCUGGUAGAAUUAUGAAGAAAGGAACCUCAAGCAUAAUGGGUCACAAGAUAUCGAUUUUGUUUAAGAAUCACAUCAAGGCAAUGCUGAAAGAAUUACUGGGAUUGAAGAAAGGAAAUUCAAGAUGCUAUGAACAACACUGGAGGCAUGUGAGGUGGAUUAAGAGACAGCCCCUCAACGAACAUUUGGAAAUGAAGAAUUCCGAAAAGGGAAUGGAGGAGAGGAUUAAACUUUUUGGAAAGGGUAGAAAAGAACUGUAUGCAUUGAUUUUGGAGGAAUUUGGAGUGUUUAAGCCAAAGUCCAUUAUAAGAAUUGGUUAUUGCAACGACUUUUACUUAUCCCUGAAGGAGAACAGCAAUGAGCUACUGAUGGCUACACUUGAGGACGAGAUGGGACAGAAUAUGAACACAGGCGUCCAAUACUUUAAAGAUGUUCUGUUUGUGGAGGCAGAGAUUCUGAUUGCAUCCAUUGUUUGGGAUACAUCUUUAAAGGAAGCAGAAUGCCGCCUUUACCCAAUGAAAUAAUUAUUAAUAAUUACUACAUAUAUCUGUAUUGUACCAAAUGGAAAGAACAUUAUUCAGGUCAUUUCAAACUUGACAUAUAAAACUGUAUAAAGGAAAUAUUUUAAUGUUUCACAUAUUUACCUUUCACUGUUCUAUGCCAUUCAUUAUACCUGCCAUUAUGCCAGUCUUCCUGAACUUUUUUGUUUUUUCUUUAAUUUCAUUGGCCAAGAAGUUUAAUCCUACAUGUACUGUCAUGUAGAUUAUUAGAUUGAGCAUUUUUAUGUAUUAUCCCAUUGAUUUUUAAGUCCUAUAUAAGGAACUGCAUAAGCCAACUUAGAUUUACUCACUCUACUAGGUUAAAGAACUCUAAAGUUUGUACUUUCACGAUAACUGCGUGUUCACCUCUUUUAGUAGGGUUUUCAACAUACAGGAAAUGAACAUGACAUUGAGUUAGAACAUGCAGGAAAUGAACCUAACAGUUCAAUUUUUCAUUAUGAUAUGCAAAUACCUUAGCAAAGUCAAUUUACUUUGGUUCAGGGGUAGUAUUAGAUAUUCCUAUUUAGGAGUUGAAGUAGUUAUGUAUUUAGGCUAUCCCGAUGUUUCUAUAGUUAGCCUUGUCCUAUAUUACUUUUAGGUGUAUGGAAGCCUGCUGGUGUUAUAUCAUAUUUUUUUAUAGCGUGUGGAAGCUUGUUAGGGUCAUAACUUUAAAUUUUCUUAUUAUUGUGGUACUUGCCCGUCAAAGAUGGGACAUAUUUCUGUCUGUCCAGACCUUGUAGGACAGGAUACAGAAUGAACCAUAUGCUCAAGGAUCUUACAACUUGAUACAUUUGAUCACCACUAUGAGAGGAAGAUGCCUAUUGUUUCAUAAGACCAAGGUUGUAGGUUUACUUAAUAGGAAAAUCUUGUUAUUGUAUAGAGUAUAUGUUUGGGAGAUAAGCAUGAAGCAAGGAUUUUUGAUUUUCUUCAUUUUUUGAGACAAUUACAGGUUGUUGGACUUAGUCAGUUUAGAGGAAGCAUUACAUAGAAGGUACAAGAUUUGUCUAACUUCUACCUGUUUUCAAGUGAGGACCUUCUUUACAGAGUAAUUUUUUAUUAUAUUAUAUUAAAUAAACGAUGGUUUGACCUUUUGACUCACAUUUUUGAAGCUAGGGUCUUUGUUAGUAAAUGACUUGUAGAUUCUCAACAAUUUCUAAUUUUCUUUGAUGUAUUAGAUAUUUCCAGAUUGUUGAUCUUGGUCAAUUUUGCGAAAAAAAUUUCCACACAGAGCUCUUGGUUUUUCUAUCUACCUCUCGUCACAGUUUUAAUCUAAGACCCUUUAUUCAUCCAAUGUAAAGAAAGUAUGUCACAGCCUUAUGAUGGCUGAUACUACCUGAAGAAAAGUUCUACAAUUUAUGGCAUCAGAAAAACACCCUAUGUAACCUUUUCACUGGCGUAUUAUGUACCAUUUGUGGUCUUAAUUCUGAUCAUUUAUGUUGGGUAGAUUUUACACUCCCUUCUGCUUAUAUUUAUUCAUUUUCAUUGAAAAACUCAUUAUUUGUUAUCAACUAAUCUAAAACAAUAUUUACUUCUGCUAUAAUAAAUUUGUGAACU